GGAGUGAGAUGAUUGACAAUAAACUCAUAUCUUACCACUGGGGCAAAAAAAGCAAAGGGGCAAUUUCUGCAGUUGUGAUCAUUUUAAUAAAUGAUACGGUUAUCCCCAGACGGCGUCCUGUGAGUUGUUGCGGUCGCUGACGGCUGUUUUCAAGCCAGAGAAAUGGAACAUAUCCGAACGCCGAAGGUGGAGCAGGUGCGGCUGCAGGAUCGCUUCAGCAACAAAUCCACGAACGGCACGCUGUACCUCACAGCUACGCAUCUCAUUUUUGUGGAAAGCAACUCCAACAACUCAACUUCUGCUGGGCAGGAGGUUUGGGUUUUGCACCACCAUAUAGCCUCCGUGGAGAAGCUAAGUCUGACCACCACGGGCUGCCCGCUGCUCAUUCACUGCCGCAACUUCAGAGUGGUUCAUUUUGUGCUGCAGAGGGAACGAGACUGCCACGACAUCUACAGCUCACUGCUGCGUCUUUUACGGCCAGUGUCCUAUGAGGAGCUCUACGCGUUCUCCUACAACCCCAAACAGAAUGACCAGCAGCGGGAGGAGGGAUGGCAGCUCAUCGACCUGGGAGCAGAGUUUGAAAGGAUGGGUGUCCCCAAUGACCAGUGGCAGCACACUGAUGUCAACAGAGACUACAAGGUGUGUGAGACAUAUCCACGUGACCUGUACGUCCCCAUCACAGCCAGUAAGCCUAUCAUCGUUGGGAGCUCCAAGUUCAGAAGCAAAGGACGCUUCCCAGUGCUCACAUAUUUCUACCAAGAGAAGAAGGCGGCAGUGUGUCGCUGCAGUCAGCCUCUGUCUGGGUUCAGCGCCCGGUGCCUGGAAGACGAGAGCAUGCUGCAGGCCAUCAGCAAGGCCAACCACAACAGCCGAUUUGUUUACGUCAUGGACACAAGGCCGAAGCUGAACGCGCUGGCUAACCGAGCAGCAGGCAAAGGCUACGAGAACGAGGACAACUACUCCAACAUCCGCUUUCAGUUUGUUGGGAUUGAAAAUAUCCACGUCAUGAGGACUAGCCUGCAGAAGCUGCUUGAAGAUGUGACCAGUUGGACGGGGAUCCUAAGGAAGUGUCUCCUAUCUUCACUCAGUUUCUUGAGUGCGUUUGGCAGCUGACGGAGCAGUUUCCACAGGCUUUUGAGUUCAGCGAGUGGUUCCUGCUGCAGAUCCAUGAACACGUUCACUCGUGUCAGUACGGAAACUUCCUGGGAAAUAAUCAGAGACAGAGAGAAGAGUUGCAGUUGAGUGAGCGGACCCACUCUCUGUGGGCCUUUCURAUGAGUGAGAAACAGAACCACCUGAAUCCAUUCUACAGCCCUGCAUACUCUGAAGCCCACYCUGUUCUGGAGCCCUCCACCCUGCCCUACCAUUUCAAGUUCUGGAGGAGCAUGUACCACCAGUUCGAUCGGUCUAUGCAUCCACGGCAGUCUGUCCUCAAAACCCUCGUGACUCUGAASGAGAGCAGCCGCAAGGUGGAGAACACGCUGCAGGCCCUGGAGACUAGGCUCCAACAGCUCGGCGUGACCCCCGUCUCAACUUCGGACCCCCCUGCGCCCCCUCCCGCCCGAGGCCAGCACGCCACCCCUCUGCCGCCCCGUUCCGACUCCCUCAUCCUCGGCGCUCCCCUCAGCCAGAAAGAAGCGCAGCGCUGCGAGGAGGAGCAGGACGAGGUGGGCGAGGAGGCCACGGAGGGCACGGACACGGAGCGGACAGUAGAGGGCAGCAGCGGCACUGAGAGCAGGAAGCAGAGCUACGGCGAGCUGGACGGGACAUAUAAAAGUGAACUGGCCAAAGAAGAACCCGCUGCUGUUAGUCUGGAGUUCGGCAUGGCACGCAUGACCUGCUGAAACCAAACAAAAGGGAUUGUUUCCGAGCACAGGAUGGGCGUGGCUUAGUGAAGGGACUUCUCUGAAAAGYGUGUGUGCGUUUGAAGGAGAACGCGUCAUUCUCUUUGUGUUUGUGUGCCGAUUACACAAUGGUCCAAAACGGGCCGAGUUACUGAUGUACGUCUGUAUAGUUUAAAUCUCAGUGGAAAGCCUCAUUAUUAUCUCAUAUAUUGCACUUACCAUGAAACAUGAAAAAAAGCUUGUUUUUUUAAUGAAUGUUGUAAAUCACUAUAGAAAACUCAUGAAGAAAAAAAUAAAAUAAAUCAUUAUCAACCCCAAAAAA